AUGCCAAAGUCAGGUGACGAAGGAUUUUUCUUUCAUGAGAGGGUGAAAGAAAGGGACAACUCACGCGCAGGUUUGGUAGGUUGGAAGGGAAACCAAAAGGUAAUGCCGAAACUUACGAUGAUAUCAUCUUUUUUUGCAGUGAUUGCAAAUGGACUUUGUAAGCAGCUGUGUGUGAGAAUGUUUCCGCAGCUCUCCAGUGUUGCUCAUGUGAUUGAAACUAGUUGCUGCUGCUGCAAAGCAAAAAAAUCGGCUCCUCUAUUUCGAGCUCUUACAGGGUUUGCAUUAAGUGAUUGCAUAGCAGAUGCAGUUGGGGCUUCUAGCACUGAUCGCUAUCCAUUUGAAAGCAUUGCAAAUACUUUAGAACCAAGGGACAGAUUACUACGGAGAUUCUCAUACUGGUCAACUAAAGGACACCGUGAUCCUGCUGCACCUGAGACACUAAUAUACAAAUUAAGUGCUGAUCUUUGUGUGAUUACUCAAAUAAAUAUACGGCCCUUCCGAGAUAAUGCUGUUCUUGAAUUGGGCCAACGCAUAUACUCUGCAAGAGCUGUGCGAUUCCGAUUUGGUCAUGCCAAGUCCCUGGAGGAUAUAGAGGGUGAUCUCAUGCAUCUGCCAUUACUACAACCUGUAGAUGACAAGUUCAUAUGGACAUACACGUCAGUAGAGUUUCCAAUGGCUCAGGUGAGUUGUACCGUGGAAAAUUCCUUGCAGAAGUUCAAGCUGCCAGAACCUGUUCUUUACAUUGGUGGAUUUUUGCAGAUUGAGCUGUUGCGUGGGGUUCAGAGACAUGAUAUGAAUGGUUUAUUUUACAUAUGUGUGUCUCAUGUUCAAGUGGUGGGGCGAUCACUGUCCCCUACAAUUGGUAUUGAGAUUCUUGAACCGUCGGGGAAGUUUUCAUUGAAGUAUGACUCUGAGGCUUUUGAUCAUACCUUGAAAAGCUCUUCUGAUGGUGGUCCUCCAGUCUCUUCUGUUGAAUGGGACGAUGAGGACAAUGAAGUGGAUGAGGGAGUUAUUCUCUAG